GAGAUUUGGAAGGCGGCAGUGAAGCGGAAGCCAUUACUCUCUGGAGCCGAUUGCCCCGAGACACAUGGGCCAAGGAGGCUUCCGCGGGGAUUUCUUUCGACCUGUUGGGGACCCCUCGCUUCCCCACGCCAGACAGGACCUCCCGUAUGAACUUCUCUUCGCUUCGGCAGCAGCUUCCGUCACCUCCGCUCCCCGAUCCUACUCCCAGUCGUAUGCCGACUUGGAGAGGCCCGUCGAGAGCAAGAGAGUAGCUUUCUGGUUGUCCCGGUGCCCUGUUCAGGCAAACUGACUGCCAUUCUUUGAGGAUGGCAGCUCUGUCCCCAAUGCUUGCCAUGUCCACCCAGGACUCCACCUAUCUCCAGGAGUCAGAAUUUCCUCUUUCUUCAAAAGACUGUUCCUGUCCCCAGAAUUUGGACCUGUUCGCAUGCAGUGGUCUGGAGCCUCACACACCCGGUGUUGGUUCCCAGGAAUCAGUGACUUUCCAAGAUGUCGCUGUGGACUUUACUGAGAAGGAGUGGCCCCUGCUGGAUUCUUCUCAGAGAAAGCUGUACAAAGAUGUAAUGCUGGAGAACUACAGCAACCUCACUUCGCUAGGGUAUCAGGUCGGCAAACCCAGCCUCAUCUCACACUUGGAGCAGGAGGAGGAGCCAAGGACAGAGGAGAGGGGCAUACACCAGGGCGCUUGUGCAGAUUGGGAGACUCCAUCUAAAACCAAGUGGUCACUUCUUAUGGAAGAUAUUUUUGGGAAGGAAACGCCCAGUGGUGUGACAAUGGAAAGAGCCGGUCUUGGAGAGAAACCCACUGAAUACGCUCACUUGUUCGAAGUCUUCGGCAUGGGCACUCAUCUUACGCAGCCAAUGGGAAGGCACGCUGGCAAGAGGCCCUAUCACCGCCGCGACUUCGGAGUAGCAUUCAAGGGCAGGCCGCACCUCACUCAGCAUGUGAGCAUGUACGACGGGAGAAAAAUGCACGAGUGUCAUCAGUGCCAAAAAGCCUUCACCACGAGCGCGUCCCUCACACGGCACCGGAGAAUCCACACCGGGGAGAAGCCCUACGAGUGCAGCGACUGCGGGAAAGCCUUCAACGACCCUUCCGCCCUCAGGAGCCAUGCAAGGACUCACCUCAAAGAGAAGCCCUUUGACUGCAGCCAAUGUGGAAACGCAUUCCGGACCCUCUCGGCCCUGAAAAUCCACAUGAGGGUUCACACCGGUGAGAGGCCGUACAAGUGUGAUCAGUGCGGGAAGGCGUAUGGCAGGAGCUGCCACCUCAUCGCGCACAAGAGAACACACACCGGAGAGAGGCCCUACGAGUGUCACGACUGUGGGAAAGCCUUCCAGCACCCCUCCCACCUCAAAGAGCACGUGAGGAACCACACCGGGGAGAAACCCUAUGAGUGCACGCAGUGCGGCAAAGCCUUCCGCUGGAAGUCGAACUUUAAUUUGCACAAGAAGAACCACAUGGUGGAGAAGACCUACGAAUGUAAAGAAUGUGGGAAGUCCUUUGGCGAUCUUGUGUCCCGGAGGAAACACAUGAGAAUUCACAUCGUCAAGAAACCCGUGGAAUGCCGGCAGUGUGGGAAAACUUUCCGAAACCAGUCCAUCCUUAAGACUCACAUGAACUCUCACACCGGAGAGAAACCCUAUGGGUGUGACCUCUGUGGGAAAGCCUUCAGCGCCAGCUCAAACCUCACAGCACACCGGAAGAUACACACACAGGAGAGGCGCUACGAGUGUGCCGCCUGCGGAAAAGUCUUCGGCGAUUAUUUAUCUCGGCGGAGGCACAUGAGCAUCCACCUUGUAAAAAAGCGCGUUGAGUGCAGGCAGUGUGGCAAAGCCUUCCGGAACCAGUCUACACUGAAGACACACAUGCGAAGCCACACGGGGGAGAAGCCGUACGAGUGUGAUCACUGUGGGAAAGCCUUCAGCAUCGGCUCCAACCUCAACGUGCACAGGAGGAUCCACACCGGGGAGAAGCCCUACGAAUGCCUCGUCUGCGGGAAAGCCUUCAGCGACCACUCAUCCCUCAGGAGCCAUGUGAAAACCCACCGGGGAGAGAAGCUCUUUGUAUCAUCCGUGUGGAAAAGGCUCCAGUGAGCGCAGCUGCUUUAAAGACAUGGGAUUACUCAGACGGGAAGCAGACCUCAUGGGUGUAAGAGGAAGCCUCUGUGAGCUGGCGUCUUACUGAAUGCAAAAGAAUCCACAUAAUUUGGGAGGAAUCCAAUUCCUGUAAAAACCGGGAAGAUGAGGUGUCCUCAUCCCAUGGGAGAUUUGUGAGAACUCACGCUGGGGGUGAAAAUGUACAUCUGUAGCGUGGAGGAGCCUUCGGGGUACAUUCGGCUCUUAACAAACACUAAGGUGAGAAACCCCAGCUUGGCAUUUAAUGCCAAAAUGGCUUCAGCAUCAUUUGUAGCCUUCUGGGCCCAUGAGUAAUAAUAAGCACACUAGGGAGAAUCUCUAUAUACAGUGGGUGGGGAAACUCGACUCCUCAUGACAGAAAUCAUACUGAAGAGAGAAAUGAGUGAAGUAAGGAAUGUGGGAAGGUCAUGAAUGGGUCCGCACACCAUGGCCAGCUGUCUUCGUGUGGCUUGCAAGCUGACAACAGCUGCUCCAUCUUUAAAGAGGAAGAAUGUGUGCAAUAGAGAACAUUUGUGGCCAGAGAAGUCUGAAAUACUUCCAGUCAUCUGUCCCUUUCCAGACAGUGUUGGUGGUUAGAACUGGGGAAAGGUACUCCUGACUUGUAGUAAGAAGGCAUCAGGGAUGCUGCUAUGUCCCCUCCAGCACAUAGGAGCCCCCCACAACAAAGAGUCAGUACCCUCAAACAUCACUGUUGCUGAGGUUGAAAACCUCAAUUACUGCCUGCAGCAACCCCUAAGUUUUUAUGAAUCUUGUGAGCACUUAUGCCAGGAGAAAUUUCUUCUACAAAACUUUUAAAAUACAAUCAGUGCUGAUAAUUCCUAUGUGGAAAUGAUUCUAGCCAUGGUCCCUCAUUUGUGCAUGUGAAUAUUCUCACUGGGAGAGAUAAAUCUCCCAGUGAGAUUUUCCAGUGAAUACAGGAUUGCUCUUACUCUCUAAUCAUGAAAACAGACCCCCCCCCCCAACCCCACUCAUAAAUUUUUUAUCUUUAUUUUUAAGGAUGCACUCUUCUAAAUAAACUCUUAAGCCUCAUCAAGAAAGGUUUGUAUAUAGUAUUUUUACUAUAGCUUCAUCCUUGAUAACAUCCUAAUUUCCUUUUGGACAACCUCCUUGACCUCUGUGUGACAUGAGAGUGUUUCUCAGUAUCGGUUUGUUCCUGGUACCUGAUUGACAAGCAUUGUGACCAGAGCAUGAUGUCUCCAUCAAGUGGUGAUAUUUUUGCAGCUUGCUAUCUAGCCAAGAGUGACAGAUACUUUUUUUUGAGACUGAGUUUUGCUCUUCUUUCCCAGG